UGUCGCGAGACAUUAUACGCGAGGCGUGAACUCAUUGGUCAACCUAAACGACAAUUCGCCAGCUGAUUGGCUAGUCUCACUUCACCUUUGCUCCGCCCCUUCCCCGGCACUCUCUUCCGCCUCCUUUCUGCCUCCCUGUUGCGUGCGCGUGACCAGAGAGCCCAGCACCUCCCUUUCCUCUGCUUCCGCCACUUCCGCCCUGGAGAACAUUUCUCACCCAGGGUUGGUAGAAACGUGCCGGAGCAUGCGCACUGAGAGGAUCUCGAUAAAAAUCGCCUUCAAAAUUGCUUAAAAGGCAAACUCUAACAAAGAGAUCUAAGAGUCGUAGUGACUAGCCAAGAAAAAAUGCAAUUUUGAGGUCUAAUUCGAUUGUGACGCAGUUGAAAUUAGCUUCUCCGCCCAUGCCUUCCCUUUCACGCUUCCGUCCUGACGCAAACGUGCGGCCGCCUUCCGCACUGCGGGCUUGUCCUUGGCCCUGCCCUAGUCAGUUUCCUGAAGCAUGCGCAGUUGCCUUUCCUUCCAUUCCUGUGCUGGGCGUACGUCAAGAUGGCGGCGUCCGUAUUAAACACCCUGCUGAGGCGGCUUCCUAUGCUUUCUCUCUUCCGAGGUGCCCACAGAGUUCAGGUUCCCCUCCAGACUCUUUGCACCAAACCUCCCUCUGAGGAAGAUUCUUUGUCCCCAGUUCCCAUUUCUCCUUAUAAGGAUGAACCCUGGAAAUAUCUGGAAUCAGAAGAAUACCAGGAGCGAUAUGGUUCUCGCCCUGUCUGGGCUGACUACCGCCGCAACCACAAGGGUGGUGUACCCCCACAGCGGACUCGGAAAACAUGUAUUCGUGGGAAUAAAGUUGCUGGGAAUCCCUGCCCCAUCUGCCGAGAUCACAAGUUGCAUGUUGACUUUAGGAACGUGAAGCUCUUGGAACAGUUUGUCUGCGCCCACACGGGUAUCAUCUUCCAUUCUCUAUACACAGGUCUCCUCAUUUACCACAUCCCCCAGGUUGAACCACGGGACCGUGACUUUAGUAUCUCUCAUGGGGCUGUGAGUGCUACUCCGCCAGCCCCCACCCUGAUCUCAGGUGACCCCUGGUACCCAUGGUACAACUGGAAACAGCCACCAGAGAGAGAACUGUCACGCCUUCGCCGGCUUUACCAGGGUCAUCUCCGAGAAGAGAGUGGCCCCCCACCUGAGUCAAUGCCCAAGAUGCCCCCUACAGCACCAGCGGAAGCCUCCUUCACUGGGCAGACAGACCCUCAGAGUGCUCUGUAGGAGCCGUAGACUGGGAAGAGAGGCUAGGCAUGGUGGCUUACAAAAAAAUACAAAAAUUAGCUGGGUGUGGUGCUGCACGCCUGUAGUCCCAGCUAUUGGGGAGGCUAAGGGAGGAUCACUUGAUCCCAGGAGGCGGAGGUUGUCGUGAGUUGCAGUUGCACCCCUGCACUCCAGCCUGGGUGACAAAGCCAGACCCUGUCUCAAAAAAAAGGGAAGAGAGCCAGAGGGACUAGGAGAUAUGUGUAUGUAGGUUUAUAUGAUGGGAUAUCACCCUGAAGAGUUGUGUCUUUUGUAGCCAAUGACAAAUCCAGGAAAUAAUGUUGCUGAUAGGGAUAAAUCUUGAGGCUGAGGGAGGGCAGGACAGAUGUGUAUGGGAAACCCCAACCCCUAUAUAUUGUAAAUAGAUGGGCUGGGCUAAACAUUGUUGCUGUUUCAGACUUAUACCAACUCAGCUUUUACACAAUAAAGCUCUACUCUCCUGUCUCUA